UUCCUGCUGAUUACGGAUUGAACUGUAUGCUUCUUGGGAGAAAGAACCUAGUCGGUUUGGUCUUGCUGAUGCCUAGACACAGGCAAGGGCCAUGCUCCCUUCUCCUAUGCAUUGAAGAUGCUCUUAACUGCCGAUGUAGACAACACCAAAUCGACAGGGUUUUUUCCCCCUGAAAUUUAUUAAAUUACAAGAAAGCCACCUUGUUGUAAUUGAAUCUACAGAAAUUUUUACAAAGGUCUAAUGAUCUCUCACGCUCGGCAUAGCCCACACCCUAAAAUAUAUUUCUUUAUUUUGGGUCAAGUUUUUUUAUUUUUUUGUUAGAAAGUUUGGGUCAAGUUUGGUGUACUCUUCACAAAGACCCAUCCAUGUUCCUUCUUUUGGCGAGAAGGUAUCAACAUAGGUAGGGAGUGGCAGUUGAAUUUCAUAAUCCCCUACAAUAAUGCCUAAAUGACACCAUGACACCAUUUCAUUAAAUCGCAGCUUCAAAUUGAAGUCUCAAGUGGGCAGCCAAGUUAAUUAACUAUUUGGAAUUAUAACUAUUUUUUUAUUCCAAUUAAUUCUCUCGCCCAUUCUUGGACUGGAAUGCUUACUGGGUAUUUGAUAUAAAUCCUCAAUCAGUCAUCGCACCUCAAGAAAGAAGUGAAGGUGAUAUGGCUUUGACAAUGGAAGAAGAACAGAGUGAAUUGUUGGCCAUGGAAAUGGUGAGUGCUUCUGUUCUGCCCAUGGUAUUGAAAGCAGCUUUGGAGCUCCAUGUGUUCGACAUAAUAGCCGAAGCUGGUCCUAGCGCACGGCUCUCCCCUCUAGACAUUGCAUCUCGGCUACCCACUCAGAACCCAGAUGCACCACGUCUUCUCGAUCGUAUGCUACGUCUUCUGGCUUCCCACUCUGCUCUCACUUGCUCUGUUCUCAACCAUGACAACAGGGUCUAUGGUUUGGCACCUGCCUCGAAGCUGUUUCUUAAGGACAAGGAUGGAGGGUCCUUGGCUUCCUUCUUCACUCAUCGUAUCCAGGAUUAUGAUAUUACCAAGAGCUGGUACCACUUGAAGGAUUCAAUUCUAGAAGGAGGUGGGACUCCAUUCUAUAAAGCACAUGGAAUGGACAUUGUGGAAUAUGUUGUGAGCGACCCUAAACGGAUUGAGGUUUUUGGAAGCUCAUUGUCUGAAUUUAAUGUACUCUUGAUGAAGAAAGUUCUUGAUACAUACGAAGGGUUCGAAGGCCUGCAAGUUCUGGUUGAUGUAGGUGGAGGGAAUGGACAAAUCCUUAGUAUGAUCAUCUCCAAAUAUCCAUCCAUCAAGGGUAUCAAUUUUGAUCAGUCUCAUGUUAUAGAAAAAGCGCCCCCUCGUUCAGGGACAAAUGUUGCUUCUAAAUGCAUUCUGCAAAUGGAAAUACAAUUCACAAUUCUAAACGGUUAUGGAAGGGAGAGAACAAAAGAAAAAUUUGCUGCUUUGGCAAGAGAAGCUGGAUUUGCCGGUGUUCGUGUGGCUUCUUGUGCUUACACCUACUCGAUCUUAGAAUUCUAUAAGUAG